GCGUACACCUUUCCUCGAAUUGGGCUUGAACGCGUAAAAUUUGCCAGCAGUAGGCAAAGAAAUCUGCGUCGUUCGUAAGCUGAAGGACGCGUGAAAGGUAGCAUAAAAAAAAAGUCGCGCAAACUGUAGCGCAAUAAGUCGCGUACGUGGAAACAAAAAAAAAAAAAAAAUGCAACAGUGGUGGAAGAACAAUGGAACAAGGGAGGAACAAAAAUGGAACAAAAGAUGGAGAACAAGCGUGUAACAAAAGAAACGGCAAAAAGGAGGGGCUGGCUGCGCAUAAGGGAAAAUUGUGGAAAGGGGAAAACUCAGCAGGGAUGGAACUGUGACGAAAAAAAGGAGGAACGAAAAAAAGCAAAGGAGGAAGGGAUGCAGGCACGAAAAAAAGAAAAAGGGGAAGCAUACGACGAAAAGGAGUACGACGAAGAGGCGUACGACGAAGAGGCGUGCAACGAAAAGGCGUACAACGAAAAGGCGUACAACGAAAAGGCGUACAACGAAAAAGCGUACAACGAAAAAGCGUAGGAACGAAAAAACGUAUGAACAAGGAAGGGUG